UCUCUCUCUCUCUCUCUCUCUAUCCAAAAUUUGUAUUUAUUCCAAAUCUACAGUUUUUCACCGUUCAAUCACUUUAAGUUACAAUAAUCGAUCAAUUUAAUAUUCCCCGUUAUUCGAAAAGACUAGUACGUGUGACGUAACAAAGAAAUUCCUCGAAUUCUAGGGAGCUGCUGUCCGAAAACACAUUUGACAUCUUCUUUGUAAGUAAUUCGUGGAGAAUCAAACAGCUGAUUCGUUUUACGGCGAAGCACAUGUCGUAGUAGGACGUUGCAAUAUUACUCGGUAUUUCUCGCGCGAGACGAUGAGGUUUUAACAAAAAUAACCGGACACCCGCGCUCGAAAAGGGACGUAUCAUUCGUGUUUAUUUGACCGUGCGAUGAGAAGGAAAGAAUUGUAGGUUGUUUUUGAGGGAAAUUUUUGUUUGAGAAAAAUGGCUGACCGUGAUAGCGCAUCCGAAAGCGACUCAAGCUCGAUCGACGGAGGCCCGAUAAUGAUGCCACCGUCCCCCGUAACUAGAGAACAACUUCAGAAAAGGAUUGAGUCGCUGCAACAACAUAAUCGUGUUCUUAAAGUCGAGCUAGAGACGUACAAGUUGAGAGUAAAAGCGUUGCAGGAGGAGAAUCGUGGUCUUCGGCAAGCUUCUGUCAUUAUACAAGCCAAAGCUGAACAAGAAGAGGAAUUUAUAAGUAAUACAUUAUUAAAAAAAAUUCAAGCACUUAAAAAAGAAAAGGAGACAUUGGCGCAUCAUUACGAACAAGAAGAGGAAUGUUUAACGAACGAUUUAUCCAGAAAGUUGAAUCAAUUGCGCCAAGAAAAAUGCCGGCUAGAACAAACUCUAGAACAAGAGCAAGAAUGUCUUGUGAACAAGUUAAUGAGAAAGAUAGAAAAACUUGAGGCCGAAACACUUGCAAAACAAAGUAAUCUAGAACAGUUGCGUAGAGAAAAAGUGGAAUUGGAAAAUACACUUGAACAAGAACAGGAAGCAUUAGUAAAUAAAUUAUGGAAAAGAAUGGAUAAAUUAGAGGCGGAAAAACGAAUGUUACAAAUAAAAUUAGAUCAACCUGUCUCAGAUCCUGCUUCACCAAGAGAGAUCAAUAAUGGUGAUACUGCUACUAGUCUAAGUGCACAUAUUCAAACUCUAAGAAGUGAAGUAGCCAGACUUAGACAUACAUUGUUCAUUUCACAACAAGAACAUACAGAAAAGAUGCAACGAUAUGUAAAUGAAGAAAAACAAAUUCGUGAAGAAAAUUUAAGACUUCAAAGAAAAUUGCAAUUAGAAGUAGAACGUCGUGAAGCUUUAUGUAGACAUCUCUCAGAGUCAGAAUCCAGUUUGGAAAUGGAAGAAGAACGGCACUACAAUGAAAUUGUGAUGUCUGGUGGAAAUAUAAGGAAUCGUACUGUUUCUAGCCCAGUGCCGUACAAUCCUUCACCUAGUUCCUCUAGACCAUUAAGUCCAGGGCCACAUGAUAACAUCGUCCAAUAGACGCACAUCAGAUAGAUUUAUUAAACCUGCAAUUCCACCAACUAUUGUAAGUCCAAGUGGUCCACCAAUUGCCGCUAAUACAGCUACAAACGCAACUAGCGGAUCACCAAUGGAUAUUACUAAAACAUAAGUCAGUUGAAUUCAUCUAAUAACAAAUAUUUCAUCGUGUAUUCGUAUAAAGUACUUUUUUUGUUGAUGCAUUUUUGCUAUGUGAUUGUAUAACAUAUUCGAAAGUUAUUGUAAAAAGAGUUUCCGUUUUCAAUAUUUCAAUCAUUUUAUGAUCACGUAGUAUGUGAAAAAAUCAAUUACGAAAUAUUCAUAAAAAUAAGUAAUCUACAAAUUGCUCUAAACUUGGUAUCAAGUCGCUUAAAUCUUUCAUAAAACAUACAAAAUAGUAUUUAUAUAAAAAAAAAACAUUAAUAAAGUCACAUAUGAAAUUCUGAGCUGCUUUAAAUAGCCUAACAAAAUGAAAAUUUUAAAAAAAUCGCUCUUCUAAUUUCUUUUGUACUUUAUUAUUAUAAUAAUAAAUAAUCUAAUGUAUUUUUUAAUCUUUAAAAUAUGGAGAGAAAUAUCAUUUUUUAAUUUAAAAUACUUAGUAAUAGAAACAAAUAUUUCUGUAGUAUUUACUAUAUAACUUGUUUAAAUUUUAAUAUUUUUUUUUGUAAUGUUAACUUUUGUAACGUGAUUAUAUGGCAUAAUACAGACAAUAAUAUAGUUUUCUUCAAGUUGCACAACUAUAAUUUUGUACGAUUAAUAUUUGUAAUGAAACUAGAAGAGCGAAAAUAUAUUUACAAUUAAUAUGCCUUAAAAAAAUAUGCAAUUAUGGUUAUAAAGAUGAUUAAUGAAAAAAAGAAGAAUAAAUAAGAUGAAAAAUGGAAAUUUUUUAAAUUCUUUUUUUCCAAACAAUAUUUGAGUUUAUAAUAUUUAAAAUAUGACUGGUUUAAUAUUUUGUAUACAAUCACAUAAUGUGAGUAUUUCAUAUAUAAGCAUUUCUAUGCUACGUUUGAAAUCGUGAUAGUAACAUCUACAUGACAUUGUUGCAUUUAAAUGCAAUCAUAUUAUGUGUUUAAAAUGAAAAGAUUAUUACUAUUAUUAAAUAUGUUUUAAAUAUUUUAUUCUGUUAAGAAUGUUACAAACAUUAAUUGCAUAUUUUCAGUUUCUAAAUAAGUAAUAUAAUUUUAUUUAUCGAACGUGCAACAAUUUAAUGCAUGUAAUAUUUGUUCUAUCUUGAAGUAUUAAUAAUAUCAAUUUUUGAAAAUAUAUGUGUAUUAGUUAAAUAUUAAAUUAGUUUAUUUUGUCCUUUUAAUCGCAAAAUUUUCAAAUUUGUAACAUAUGUCAUGUAUAAUAUGUUUUCAAUUGAUAUUUAUAUGAAUGUGAUAAAGUUAAGCAUAACAAUCUUGUGCUAUAUUUUUUCAUAAUUUGAACAUUAUUAUUUACUAUUGGUGCUCAAAAUGUCGUGAGAUUCUUCAAUUUGUUGUUAAAAAUAUGUUAUGGACAACAUUUUUAUCCUUUGUCCAAUAAUGAAGUAAAAAGAUAUGUGAUUCAGCUUUUUAGUCGAAAAAAAGGAAAAAAAAAAAAGAA